AGUCAAUCCGGAUAGCCGUGAUGAAGGAGUGCAUCACGCUGUUUGUUGUGGUCCUGAGUGUUAGUGUGUGUGGCUGUUAAAGGUCACUAAUAUCUUGUUCUCUGGUAUUUCUCUGGUAUGGUUGAUCGCAAUGACAGUCGGAAUGAAGAGAAACGGUGUGCACAAGUGGCGGUGGAAAGUGUCAUAACAUGGGGUGAGGCUGCAGGUGUGGCAGACAUCUCACAAGACAUGGCUCGGGCUAUUGCCGCUGAUGUCACUUACAGAUUGCGCCAGAGUUUGAAUGUGUGUGGCCAGUUCCUAAGGCAUUGUAAACGUCGCAAACUCACCCCAGAUGACGUAAAUCGUGCUCUGAAAUGGAUGGACAUUACUUCCAUUAUGGGGUACACGGGAAGUGAGCCAGUCGAGUGGCAAGGAAUACCAGAGGUUGGUGUUCACAUCCCACAUGAUCCCACUGUAAACUUAGCCAGUACAGCCCUCAGUGGAGACAUCUUCCAUCAGCCUGGCAGCCCGUGUGUUAGAGGUGAGUGGGCCUACAUCAGUGGUCACACAAUGGUGAAGGGUGAAGGAGGGGGAGAGUCUGUGCCUGCUCCCCUGCCACUCUCACCAGAACACCACCAGUAUUAUCAGAUGUUAUUCACAGUUAUAGCUGGACCAUCCAAUGAUCUUUUUAAGAUAAUGUGUGAAGAUGUAUCAACUUCCCCUGGGAUAAAUUCUGUAGUGGGCCCUAUUGUAGGAGGAAUUGUACGAGGUGCUCAGCGUGCUCGACAGAAACCUUGCAUUUUACGGAGAAUUCUUUUGAUAAUAAGAGCACUUCUCCUGAAUCCCCACCUGUACCUCGGUCCUCAAAAUUAUAUGAGAGAUAUAAUAAAUGUGUUGGUCUACUGCAUCAUCAUUGAACGCAAGACACCACAGGAUACUCAGACAAUUCGCAGCUUGGCGUGUAAUGUCUUAAUCCAGGUUGUGUCGAGAGAGCCUGGGUCUCGAGGAACUUGGGAGACGGUUGUUAGCAGUCUGGGUGGAGUUGUUGCCAGCAGCAGUCGUCCGUGGGGUCAACACGUGGGGGCACUAAUUGGCCUUCUUACUCUGGGAUGCCAUUCGCUCUUGAAUAGCCUCACGCCUAUUGCUCGACCCUACUAUAAUCGGCUGACUCAUGCUAUUUCUCAGUCACCGGGAGCUAGUACUCGAGAUAUUCUGGAUGCACACACGUCAAAUUGCCUUUUACUGGCUGGGCUGGUUAAUGUUAUGACCACCUUUGUGAGAAGCCUUCCAGACAAUAUAGUGAUGUUUUCAUCCUCAAAAGAAUCUUCUCAGAGUACUAUUAAUGCUAUAUCUCCUACUGGUAUUGGGGAUGGGGAGGUUACCUUUGAGCAGAUACAGGAGAUAUAUAAACUAGGAGAGGAAUCUUACGGCUCUGCCUUCAUUGUUCAGAUUCCUACCGUGUACCUUUGUUGUACACCUAACCAGGUUCCAAGCUUCCUGCAGUCUUCUGUUUACCGGGAUCAAGCCAUAUCAGGGGAUGCACUUCUCAAUCCUCCUGCAACUAAACGAUCAAGAUCCAAGUCACACCAUUCUACCAAACCUAAAUCAAGAAGAAGUCAACCAUAUCCUCUCUCUCAGGUCUUUGAUGGCUACAAAGCUCUUUCUGACAAUAGGUCACAUAUGCAAAUGAACAUCAGAGGCUGUUGGGAGAAGAAUAUUAAUAAGCUUAAAAAGAGAGAGUCUUCUCUCCCAACAGUUAUUCCUCACGCUCACCGGCCGCUCCUUGCCCGCUGGUCUCGUCUCACAGGUUGUAUGCCCCACAACACUUUCACAAGACCAUUAUAUGCUCCUUUAAAGCCAGGACACACCUUGCAGUAUCUCCUCCUUUAAGUUUUUAUUGUUAUUAAUCCUAACCUUUAUGAAGUGUUAGUAUGAACAGGCAGCCACUUGUUUGACCUGUCUGGCAUCAUCGUAGGAUUUUUUCAUUUCUUUACUUCACAUUCUCAUGAUUAUUUAUGAUAUUCAUUAAAUUGUACUUACAUGUAUCUCUCCCUUUGACACUAUAGUACUUGGUAUACUAGGCAGCAUAUUGCAUACAAAAUAUUCUAUAAGAGAUAUAGAUCCAAGGAUUUCAUCUACAGUUUUUUCUGUAGCCAGGACUAUUAUAUAUUUAUUUUGUUAAUAACAAAAGAAUUUUGAAGCUAAUCAGACUUAUUUUUUAGCAGUCUCUUAAUUAAUUAUGUUCAACAAACUAUAAUUUUAAAGGAUGUUUAAGAAAUUCACUUGCAAGUUGCUUUAAAUCAUUGCUAAGAAUUUUUAUCAGUGUUUUGAAGAGCUGCUUUAAUGAUUUUAUCCGAUUUAUUGACAACUGUUAGUGUCUGCCAAGGCCCUAUAGAUCUACUGUUUACUUGUACUAGUGGUCGAACCUCCCUUGAAGUACUGACCCCAGUGAUUUUAACAUGAGAGUUUGUUUGCUUAACUAGACAGUACAGUAGUUUUGUUUAUAUUGAAUUAAAAAUCAUUUUUCUCACUAUCAGUCACCACCAUUUUCGACCUAUAGACUGCACUUGUUUCCCUAUUCAUCAUUUUGAGAGAGGUAUCUGUGUAGAAUCUUCAACAUCAUAUUAACACACUACUGUAUCUCAUUACUGUUAUCGUAGACUUUACAGCAGGGAAUUAAGUUUUAAAUCAAGCUCAUUAGAAAAUUAAAACAAAGUGAAGUUCGACCUAUGAGUUGGCCUUUGUCGAGUUGAAGCCAGUACAGGUAACAGGAUUUAUAAUUAUGGCAAGUAUGAGGGCAUUUUAAAUUACAGUAUUUCAAAUGUAGUCUAAGAGAAUUACAGGAAUCAGUUCUCAUAGUAGUAGUACAUUACAGUACAGUAGUUUUCAUAGUAGUAGUACAUUACAGUACAGUAGUAGGAACUGAAGAAUCAUACUGUAUUUGAAAAGUUGGGCAAUUCCCUUUUUUUUCAGGGAUGAAAGCCAUUGGUACCUGAAAUUUGCACACGUAGGGAUUAAAGUGGUUUAACUUAUUUAGGGUUUCUUAUUCCAUUGUUGUGGAGGAAAUAGGAAAAACAAAUUUGCCAUUUUCAAAAACUGGUUGAAGAUUUUCCGUUAAUUUUCAAGGAUAAAGCCAUUGGUACCCGAGAUAUAUACGGGUAUACUGUACGUUGUUCAUGAAUUAAGAGACCAAUAUUUUACACAUCCAUCCUUAGAUGAAGAGGCAGGCAAUCCCUACCCCAGUCAGCCUCUGCUACACAAUUUCCUCAACCAUCUUGGGUAACUGUCACACACACACACACACUACAGUAGCUAUACUUUUGAUCUAAAUGAUUAUUUUAACUUCAGUUAGCCAAAUUUAGGAACUGUAUUUAAUUAAUAAUUUGGCGAGAAAUUUUGACCAGAAAUGUAACUCCUAUUUCUUUCAUUAAGUCUGAGGUAAACUUGUGCUGAACCUAUAGCGAGGUAUUAUUGUACUGUAUAUAAAAUGUUUAUUGGCUCGGAUAUUUUUGGACUUUUUACAUUUGUAAUUUUUCCUUUAUUAGUUUGGUUUGCCAGCCAUUUUAGAGUGAAUUAAAAAAAAAAAAAAAUUUGUCAGUACACAGUGCAAUCACUGACAUUGGGACUCGAAAAUACGUAAUUUUACAAAAUGUUGGUACGACCGAGGCAGGUCGCAAGUGCGGGUGGUCGUAAGUCAAGUAGGUCAUAAGUCUGGGAUAGAGCUGUACUGUAAUUGGAAAUUCCUCGCAAAUAAUCGAACGAAUUUAUUAAAAAUGUGAGUCUACCCUCAAGUCCAAACUCUAUUACAGUACUUUAUUAAUAGAGCACAGACUUGAGGGUAGACGGUCACAUUUUUAAUAAAUUUGCGAAGAUUUUCCAAUUAUUAUUUAUUUGUGCGUGUCCAUAAACACAUAUUAACAAAACAGGUAAAGUAAAUUAUUGUCUCUAGAACGAAUGGCUCCUUGUCCCAGCCACAAAAAUGACGGCAACUUUUAAACUACCCACAGACAUUCUAGGGUACAUCAAGGGUGUCAUCCGCGAAUAACCGAGAACCGCGAAGUAAAAAUCCGGGAACUGGGAGGGGGGGGGGUACUGUAUUUGUAAUUGUAUUCAAUUUUCUAUACUUGCCAUAAAGAACUUUUACCCAUGUUUCAAUUUGCCAUAUACUGUACUGUACCUUUCUCUUGAGAAUAAAAAUGCCUAGCUCCUGGUAUAAAAAAAAUGCUGGUUUCAGAAGAUAACAUAACAGAGGGAGGAAGUGAGUGAAUUCAUAGAUAUAUUUUUGAUACAUCUUGUGGUUACUACAAUACAGUACUUGCACAAAAUUAUACCAGUAUUUAUUUUUUCUUUUUUAAAAAUGUGGAGACAGGAGAAAAAUUUUAGCUUAUGCAACAAACUAUACAGUACGUACAGUAAUCUAUUCACUGGAAGUUUAUGACCGAAGCCUAGGGUUAGUUAGUAGCAAGGCAGUUGAUUGGGUUGGUGGACAAACACUGGAAGAAUCACUGUAAUUCUUCAGUAUUUAAUCUUUCAUAUAUACUGUACAGUAUAUAUAUUCUGAUAUUUUAAGGUGCAGUAUAAUAUCUUUUCCGUGUUGAUCUCUGACAAUUUCCGCACUUGGGGAAGCAGAAAUUAGCUCGUGAACAUCUUGAAGAGAACACAAUGAUGAUUACUAAAUUUUGAGCAUCAUCCUCCACUACGCUGCGUGACGUCACAUGGCAGGAAGGAGCUUACGUCCCAAAUUUGUUUGUGUUGGUAUUCUCUUUAUAUGUUUAUUACGAGUACAUUUCAUGUUAAUUUUUGCUUCUCAAUUGCGGAAAUCAAUAUUGAAAAGUUAUUAUCCCUUAAAUUAUGAGAAUAUAAAUAAAAUAGAAAAAAUACUUAAGAACUGUAGUGGCUCUUUGGGUGAAAAUCCACCAACCAAUCAGCUGCCUUGCUACAAUCUCACCCUAGGCCUCAGUUGCAAGCUUCCGGUGAACAGACCAAGUAUAUUUUUAUCUUAUGGAGCUAUAAAGUAAAAAAACAGACGUUUCUCGCAUCUGCUAUGUGCGAAUCUCGCUAGUUCAUGGGACCAUGUGCGUUUAUGUUCGAAAAAAUAAACAGACCCAUGUGCAAAAAUUUUAAAAGCAGGUUUUUAUGAAUAAGAAAUUGUUUUGCAAUAGAUCCUUUACAUCUGUGAAAAUCAGUUACCAGUGAAAACUAAAGUAUUACAUAACAGCACCCUCUACCAGUACAGCAAGCCACAAUAUAACAACUUGUGUGCAUUCAAGCCUAAAUACUGGUCUGUUAUCCAGAAAAGGGGGGAAACAAAACCACUCGUAACACAUACCUCAACAAGCGGUGUAUCUGUGCUCAACACAUGAGCUCCGGAGCUUCUUUUAGCCAAGAGUAAUACAUACAAGGUUACAAUAAACCAUAUAUCCCUACAAAACUAAAAUGCUUUAUUUUACCUGACAUUACAUUAAUUCCUCCACACAACCAUAACACCAAUAUAAAUAUGGAAUGUACUCAGAUAAAAUUUUAAUAACAAAACUAAAACAAUUGAAUACAGCACCAAAAAAAGCAAUUUAUUCACAGUAAGAGAUUUACACCAUAGCAGCAUUGGGGAGUGUGAGACAACUCACAGGCGUUUACUACGUGACUUCCAGUAGCCGAGCCGUGUUAACGAGCUACAACAAAGAUUUGUUCCCUCUGACUUUAAUUUAAACUCGAGUGUAAUCACCUUGAAAAAUCCUUUAAAACGAGUUCCACAUGACAUGAGAACCUGAAUUCUACACCCAUUGUAUAGUAUGUAUUAAAAAAAAGUGACAUGGUUUCAGUUCAUAGUUGUAUUCCAUAAAUUAUUAAGCUUUAAAAAUGAUUAUAUACCAAGGCUAAAGGGCAGAUAAUACUACCAACAAGCAGUAUUAACUGGUCAUUCAGAGUCUUAAGUUCACCAAUCACUGUUUUGGGUGUGAAAGCAAAUUCUGUGAUUGAAUACCUUGUACUUUCAGUGGCAUCAAAGAGGCCUUCAAUGACUCCUCAAGACAUAAUAAUAAUAAUUACAUUAUGCACUUGUGUCACUGAAAGACUACAUGUUGUAUACCACAGAACCCAACUGGAAUUUUGUUUUCUUUGUUCUUGAUAACUUGCUUACAUUUAUCUAAUAGGAAUUCUUUUGAAAGACAAAACAAUUGUCUAAAGCACUGACUGGAGGGAUUUGAGUGCAGAUCUAACUAACUUGUGUGCAACAUCAAUAUUGUCACAGGAUUCACUGGGAGAACACUAUCUAUCCAUGUUAUUAUAUAUUAUUCACGAUACAUAUUACUAAAAAACUAAAAUACGGCUUCCAAUACUGUACCCAAGUAUUUAAACCAAAGCAAAUUUAAAAGAGAAAAGAAGUUGUGAACAAACUGAAGCAACACUAACUACUUACCAAAGUCACUCUUAAGUUUGGUGAACAAUUCUUCAAAUAAUAUCAACAACAAUAUUAUUUCAAGAGUUUUCAAAUAUACAAACAUAAGAAAGUUUUGGUUGUUCCAUAAGGUUAAUAACCAUCAGCUUCAGUGUUGCUUAUUUUGAUAUUCACUGAUGGUACAUCCCAGUCAAUAACUUAAAAUUAUUUGUGCAUAAUUUAGAUGGAUUAUUUAAAAGAACUUACAGUACAUAAAAAUGUUAUGCUCCUUGGAUUUUUUACAGUUUUAUUUCAACAAUAGACUACCAACCACAUCUACAGUACUACAGUAUAUUGUACACAUCUACAAUGUUCUACUUAAAAAUUUUCCUUCCAGCAACUUAUCUGAAACUUCCAUAUUUGAUGUUUCUUGUCUAUAAUUCAUGGAUUCAGCAAUUUAUGAUAAUUGUAAGUCAUAAAACUGACAAAAAGCUAAAACAUUACACAAAUCAAACAAAGAACUACUGUACUAUAGUACGGACACUACUGUACUAUGACACAUGUUGCGAGAGAAACUUAAAACAGUAAAAAAUCUGCUGCAUUAACCCCAUAUAAUUAUAAAUUAUACUAAGGUCUGAUGUUUUUAUAAAGAAUAUUUAAAUUAAACUUCUGUCUAUAUGUACUGUACUUACACGAGUGUUUACAGAAUACAUGUACCCAGUUAAAUAAUCCUCGCUUAUUAAAAACCUUUCGGGGAUUACAUUGUUUAACAAUUACCGAGUAUAUGACAAAAGCAUUUAGUUCUGAAUCUUUCUUCAUUAAAAAACAUAACCAACAAGCCUUAAUUAUUUGUAUUCAAUUGGGAACAUUCAGCCUCCAGGUCUGAGGUGCAGUAUCAUGAUCGAUAAACAAAAAGCUUAAACACUUACCGAGACUAUACAAUACUGUGGUCUGGUUCAUCAUUAAGUUGUCCUUCUGAAUUAUGUAAUAUGCAUAUUUUGUUAUACAAUUUGCACCACUUCAUACCAAAGAAAGCAAAUCUGUGUCCACAAAAUCCAAGAAGGCAAUUUGGAAUAUCAUGAUUUAAGUAGUGUAAUGUUCUGGCAUGACAUAGGAAAUAUCAUCCCAUGGAUGGCGGUAUAGACCUUGCUUCAGUCGUUUCUGGUCCAGAUAAUGACCUGUUGAAGAAAAGAUCAACGUUAAAUGGUCUCCCUCUAAGAGUGCAGAGUCUCUCACUAACAAGCAAAUUUAUACAUCUUUGCCACCAAUUUCAUUACUAUAGUAGCUGUGUAAUAUUACACAGGAUAAUGCUGUAGGGUGGAAAUGGAAGGAGUCAGUUGUUGUUUGAAGAUGUUGGUACAGUAAUUUAACGUCAAGUUACGCUGUGCCUUUAAGUUUUAAAUCACCUUUAUAUACAUUUUCUCAAGAAUGACAAACUUUACCAUUAAAACAUGUUAGUUUUCACUUAACAGAAAAAAGGGGUUCGUCUUCCCGAAAACACCAAACUUAUAACCCAGUGUUUAGGCACAAGAAGUCAUAACUUUGAUUUUGCUCAAAUUUCAUGCAAAGGUCCUUGUUUGAGUGCUGGUUAAGGAUCCUGUAGCAGGUGUUACUAACUGUCACUAUCCUCUCUAUUUAACGGACUACAGGGAGAGGAAAGUAAGUUAUAAUAAGGGCCCAUUAAAUGUAAACCCUCCAUCUAACAAACUACUGUACAGUAUAUAGUUAUGAAAGUCCUAUUAUAUCAAGAGUCCAUUAAAUGUGAAACCCCCCCAUUUCACAGGUUAUAUGGAGAGAGAAGUCUGUUACAUGGAAGGCUCACUGUACCUGUACAGUCUUUUCAGUAAUAAACAUAAAUUCCAUCAGCUGAA